UCAAUAUGGCAACAUCUUAACAUUUUUCUUAUUCAGCUGAUGUUAUUUAGUGGCCUCUUAUUAAAUACACAUUGGAAUAUCAAUCUUAAGUUUCGUAAAUAAAAAGGAAAAUGUCGGGCCACUUUCGUCCUCCCAUUUCGGCCCAAGUGCUUCGUAAAAUCAAACAACUUUCCACUCCUAAGCCUGAUGCAAUUUAUAUGACCAAUCGGAAUCCACGGAAUUUGGAAAAAUUACGUAUAGCCUACAAACCAGAUGGGUACCAUCUUGAGAAGCCUGGACGUUCAUUUUGGCAUAAGCUAGAAGUCAAUGUAUCCGGCCGCUAUGUAACAGCUGAAGUAAAGCAUUUUCAAAAUGGACCAGUGGUGGCUGCUAGUACCUCAGAAUGGGCUAUCAAGAAGCAAUUGUUCAAAACCAAGGAUACUACUGCCUUUAUAAAUUUAGCUCGUGUUUUGGCGAAUCGAUGUCAACAAUCCGGCAUAACAGAAAUGAUGUGCAAUAUAGAGGCGGUGCCGGGAGGUAAGCUAGAUAAGUUCCUCAAGACAGUGGAAGAAAAUGGCAUUACACUUAAGGAGCUCCCUAGAUACAAUAACCCUAAGGCAUGGGAUGCUGAAAGACCCGAGAAACCCUGGGAAGUUUUAGAGGAGGAUAUUAGAAAAUAAGUACACAACUACACAUUUUGUUAAUUUUUAAUAAAUUUUUAAAAUUUAUUCAUGACGAAUCGAAGUUUUCGUAUAAUAAAUUUUUGGAGCUUA